GGAUCCACUCUCACUCCGUUAGAGAUUACAUGUCCAAGAAACAAUGUCUCAUGGAUGCAAAACUUACGCUUGCUUAACUUUACAUACUGCUAGUGAUCUCUGAGCCUCUACGGUAUAAGCCUUAAAUGUUGCUCAUGGCUCUCCUCAUUUUUGAAAUAAAUCAAGAUAUCAUAUGUAAAUUACCACCGCAAACUUAUAUAAGUAAUCCAUAAAAUAUGUGUUUUUGUCAUGUCAGCCCAAAAGUCAGGAACGGCCCUGAUAGUAGUCAGUAUCUUUUCUUUUUCUUUGCUUGCAAAACCUUAGAACUUGCGUGAUCAUGUUUGGCUGUUUGCGAAAUGACAAAUGGAAGCGAAAACCUGUACAUCUGUAAUCAAUCUAUCAACCUCGACCAUUUUUAUAUAGGGAAGUCAAAGUCUAAGAAAAAGAAUAGUCACUUUCUGAAUUAACAAGAAAAAGAAGAAAAGGAGGUUUCAAAUUAGAAAACAUAUCUUGUGCACAUGGAUGUUUAGUGCACAUGGUGCACAUAUUAAAUCAUCACCACUUAUCUUAGAUCUAACGUCUCUAUUCGCUUGGUAUAUUUUGCUAAGACACCCUCUAACGUGGUGGGGUGUAAUGGUGGAAGGUGUUAUUUGUAAAUUAAAAUUAUCAAGUAGAGACGUUAAAUCUAAUAUAAGUGGUGAUAAUUUAAUAUGUGCACCAUGUGCACUAAACUUCUAUUUGCACUAGAUAUGUUCUCUUCCAAUAAAAAAACAAGAAGAAGAAGAACCAGCAGUUGAAUUUGGAAUUUGGAUACACGAUACGAUAUCGACGACACAAGUCAGUGGGUAAACAACAACGCACGCAUCCGCCCGCCGAAGACGAAACGGAAGGGCCCGGACAGUUUUGCGCACAAGCCCCCCAUUCCCAUUCUACCACCGACCCGUCCCGUCCCACUGCCUGCCAGCGUCUCCCCCGCUCCCUCUCCUCGAGAGAUCUCGCGCUCCGGCGAUCGGGCGCGGCGGGCGGAGGGUCGCGAAGUGCCCUGCCCACCCCCGAUGCUCUUCCCGAAGCGCAUCAACUACGUGGCCCCGAUGCUCGCCUCCGCCGCCAUCCUGCUCCUCCUCCUCUCGGGCUACUUCGAGCUCCCCUCCAUCUCCACCCCGGCGCCGCUCCUCGCGGGCGCAGCGCGCUUCCCCACCGCGCUCGACUCCGUCGGAUCGCGCGACCGCGACCCCUUCACCUCGCUCCUCGAGGCCUUCGCGUCCUGGGACGCCGCCGUCGGCUGCCCCCGCGUCCGCGCCAAGCUCGCCGCCGCGGGGCUGGGGCUGGGCCCGGGCCUGCCGCUGCCGAGUGCGAGCGCCAGCGCCAGCGCUAACGGCACCGCGGAGGACCCUGCGGCGGCGUCCGUCAGCGGCGGCGCCGCGUGGCGCGGAGCCGCGAGGUGCGAGGACCUGGCAGCGCGCCACGUCGGGGUGCUCGUCAAGGGCUGGACCUGGAUCCCUGACGCGCUCGACGGCGUCUACACCUGCCGCUGCGGGGUUAGCUGCGUCUGGAGCAAGUCUGCCGCCGCCGUCGACCGUCCCGACGCGCUGCUCUUUGAGGGCGCCACGCCUCCGCCGCAGAGAAUGAAAGGUUUGCCUCUUCGUGUUUACCUGGAUCUGGAGGCCAGUAGGAAGCCAACUGGUUUUGAGGACAUUUUUGUCGGUUACCAUGCCAGUGAUGAUGUGCAAGUAACAUAUGCUGGAAAAUCAUUUCACACCAGCCGAAGUUACCAUAUAUCAACUGAAAAGAGAAACGAUGCACUUAUCUACUGGUCAUCUUCAAGGUGUCUUCCUCAUAGAGAUAAGCUCGCAAAAGACUUCCUCUCGCUGGUUCCUCACCAUUCCUUCGGAAGAUGUUUGAACAAUGUCGGCGGUCCUGACAUGGCGCUAUCCAUGUAUCCAGUCUGCUCCACCAACGAUAACGGCACGCCACACUGGUGGGAUCACCUACACUGUGCGAUGUCACAUUACAAGUUCGUUCUUGCAAUCGAGAACACCAAGACCGAAAGCUACGUGACCGAGAAGCUGUUCUACGCUUUGGAGGCUGGGUCGGUGCCGAUAUACUUUGGGGCGCCCAAUGUCUGGGAUUUCGUCCCUCCUAAUUCUAUCAUAGACGCCUCCAAAUUCAGUUCACUCAGAAAGCUGGCAUCGUAUGUGAAGACGCUGGCAAAUGACCCCGUAGCCUACGCUGAAUACCACGCGUGGAGGCGUUGUGGUGCGUUGGGUAACUUCGGCAGGGCACGCGAGAUGAGCCUUGACACGCUGCCUUGCCGACUCUGCGAGGUGGUUAGCAAGAGAGGUGGUAAGGGUGCAGAUGCAUUGUGAGAUGGAUCGGUGUUUUGUAUGGCUUGUAUACCUUGAUCCGGACAUGUGAAAUAGAUGUAAAUGGUACGUCGAACGAAGUGCUCAUGCUAUUCCGUUCAGGAAAAAAGUGUCUAGUGUGUUAUUCAUGUCAAGAUCAAGCACACAUUGUCGAAAGAAAUAGUGCAGCUAUUCUUUUUUUUACACCAUCUCUCUUUUAUCUGUUGAAUUUGGAGGGUUGUACAGUUGUUGGAGCAGAGAGAGUUCGUGUUUUUAGGUAGAGAAGUAUACAGAUGGGAUUUCUUGCUGUUGCUAUGAUAUGAACCAUAUAACCAUGUGUGAGCUCCGCACUUAAAUUUGUGUAGA